GCCAAUCUAUCAUUUCAAAAUUAUUUCGAAUUUAAAUUCCGUAGGUUAAAUAAUAAUUUUCAUACAAAUUAUUCAUAUUUAUUUUUUAUGAUAUCUUACUAUAUAAAAGUAUUUGUUCAACUCUACUAUGUUUUGCAGAUUUAUAAAUUCAACUCGUUUAAGAUUUAAUUGCUCUUUCCCAAUCAAUGUAAAAAGGUACUCUGUAAUUCCUCGUUGUCCCAUCAAUACUAUAGAGAAUACAGAAAAUAAAAAACCAAAAUUAGAUUCCAAUACCAUCGCAUUGUUAGAAAGGCUAUCACUGGUGAAAUGCGAUACAAAUGAAGGUGUUACUGUGUUAGAAGAUUCAAUAGAAUUCGCAAAUAAGAUUCUUCAUAUAAAUACAGACAACGUUGACCCUCUAUAUUCUGUAUUGGAAGAUGAGAAUUUAAGUUUACGUAAUGAUGUUAUUACUCAAGGCAACUGUCAAGAAGAUAUUCUUAAGAAUGCUGUGAUAACAGAAGAUGAUUACUUUGUUGCACCGCCAGGAAAUAUACCAUUACAUGAAAUCGAACAAAAUGAUAGUAACAUUGACUUAAGCAAAAAUGAGCACUCAAAUUAA